GAUGUGUUCGACUACAACCCCUACAUCGUAGUUUCAUAAACUCACGCACAACGAGAGACAGACGAGAGUAGGACAUCUUGGCGUCGGCUCAGCGAAAAAAAUUUAGUCGCAGCAGCAGUUUUUAAACGCCCCUCAUGUUGCUACUUGAUGUUCUUGACGAGAAGUAGAAAGGCAAAGGUCAAGAAGACGAUGAUCAACAUCAACCAUUGAUGUCGUGAAGAUGUGUUUUUCGCUGAAAGAGGGCCGGUUCGUUCAUGGCACGUCAACAAGAAACAGUGAUCCAUCCAUCUACAAUGACGCGACGAGGGUCUUUAUUUUUGCUCAUCGAAAUUUAACUUCUGAUGUUGAACAAGUCGGGUUCGGAUAAAGCAUUUUUUAUAAAAUCACAUUUACGAUUAUACGAUACUGAAUUUGAUUAUAAUGUGAAUGCGGGCUUCUCGUCCUCUUCUAUUGACAACGAAUUGUUUUCCAUACAACCUUCUCCACCAUGAUAACUGAAGAUGGCGCCCGACCGUGUCCCCUACACACGUCCCUGUGUAGUGUUUUUGUAAAUUGCCAUUGGUUCCAACCCCAUCUUGACCUUUUUUAGUUGUUUUGUAGAAUCAUGUACAAUGUUUUGUUGAUCGUUGGUUUCUCGAAGAAGUAAGAGCAAAUAGAUGAAGAUGAAGUGGAAGUAGAAGCAGCUCAGCUUUGUCCUAUGGAUGAUCUUGUCGCUGUCAUGAUCCAUCGUUCUAUUACGUUCUAAGUUCUUCUCGGGUGUAGCUCGUCGCUACUUACACUUUCUGACUACAACGAAUAAUUACAAAUUAAGUAGAUAAAGUAGACCUGGAGUCGCUACGACGAGCAUCCCAAUUUGUAUUUCUUUGAUUUCUUUUCCUCAUUUGUAAAAUAUCGAAAUAAGGUAAAAACUAGUGAUAAUGCGCACGUUCGUCCUGCUCCAUUUUUUUACGUCGUAAUUUGAACACUUCUCUCAAAACAUGACGAUGACGCGAAGUGAGCUUCUGCUCUCGCUGACGGAAAGCGGGCGGGUCUUCGCGGAGUACUUCUGCGGGAUCGCAUUCUUUGCGGUCAUCCCCCUCUCUCUCUUGGUCUAUUUGGUCAGCCUCGUAGUGAAAGACGAGCCCCUCGUCGGGCUCUUCCUAUGGUUCUCCGGCGUCAUUUUCUGUACGUGGUUGACGAUGUAUAUGGUAGACCAGUUUCUGCUUGUGGAUCUACGACGCAAACAAGGUGCUGCGAGCCAACAUCAGAGGGGAAGUGAGGACACGCAGCGUAAAGAUGGAGCUUUGCCGAGUGUAAGCUUGUUUGUCGAGAAGGUCAGCAAUUUGGUCAGCGGUCAUUACAAAGCACUCACGGCUGCCGUUGGCUCAGCAUUUGGUGCAAAUAGAGGAACAACUCCGUCUCUAACAUCAACGACUUCCAGCGCAUCUGCUUCCACCCCUCCAUCAAUUAUUGCAUCGUCCUCGUCUAAGGAUCUCCCAAAGAACAUGACUUCUACAGCAAUGGAUGCGCCGCACGGUCGCUUAGAGGGAUACCCGGUGGGAACGAAACUCCGUAUGGGUUUUCGCCGAUGGGAAUACGAGUGGACUGAGAAGCACUUGCCUGGCUCUGUUCUACGCCGAUGGGAGUUCCUGUGUGACGAGGAGGGUGACGCCCUUUUCCGACGAUACGGAAGCAGCCUUACGAGUGCCCACUUCAUUGACGCAAUCUUCGAGUUAGAGAAGAUGAAGCAUGUGCUGAGGAGCAAAAGCACCACACCAGCUUCGCUGGCUGCCGGCUCUCCUCUUCUAGACCAACAAGACAGACAAGGACAACUACAAUCUAGCUCCUCACCAGGAAAAACCCCUUCGUCGACACCAAUGAGUAAUGAAGUCCCUGAGCUUCUGAAGCCUGCGCCGUGGGUCGACAUGGAAUUACUAGAACAAGGAUGCCGUUUUUACCGUGCUUUGUGGCCUCUGAUCAGCUAUCAGUUUAGCUGGGCAGUGGUCGGGGGUUUCGGCGCUGAGGCUGCAGCCGCGGUUCUGUUGAAAACGCGCUACUGGGCCGACCAGGGCCCUACCGGGAAGAUCGACACCUGGAACCGCUUACGGGAAACUUUGUGUUUCCUUUACGACAUUUGCUGUCACGGAGCCGAAGGGUUUCGUCCGGGCUCCGGACCAGCGUGGAGAAGCUGUUUAUUAGUUCGCUUUUUGCACGCGCGCACUCGUGAAGGAGUCUGGCGUAAAUACGGAUCCUCGAAGAAGACAGCCGCCGCACGAAGCGAGUACAUGCAAGCGCUGGAACGGACGGCGGCGAGCUGCUUGUUAGAGGACGACGAGCAGUGGAACUACAUUUUGGAACAGCAGGAGCUUCGACACCGACCUUCAUCUCUACGUCUUUCAGGCGCGAGUGCUGGUGCCAAAGAUGGCGCGUCACCUUCUCCGCAGAGUGGCAAGAAAGGAAAUUUCAGAGCAUCAGAUAAUCCACCAGUAAGCCCCUCAAGUUGGGUUCCAUCUUUCUUUCGAAGCGGGAGCCCGACUAGCGCCAAGUCAAAUUCACCCAGUAAUGCGGAAUCGCCAGAACAGAAAAAAUUCGGGAGCGAUGGGAAAAAUGAACAUGGGCAUGAAAGGACUAAGGACAAGGGCGAGCAGCGAGUAGGAGGAGACGCAGAAGAGCAAUUGGGUUCUUCUUCGUCGACGGAGAGCGAGCACCCGGAUGGUGAGCACAACGUGGACGGGAGAACCGCUACCGGUGGCGUGCACGUUGUUCAACAAGAAGAUAGUUUUGAUUUUGAGAAGUACGGCGAACCCAUCAACCAAGCCGAACUGAUCGGAACGCUACUCGGGAGUUCCGUCUUGCUCUUGCACGGGCUCGAGGAGAUGAGUUUCGGCGCAAAAAUUCCGCAGAAGCAGAAAGAAGGUUUCGUGCACCUGUGGCGGGUUGUUGGCUACUUGUUCGGGAUUCGGGAUGAGCUGAAUCCGAACUUGAAUUUUGCGCAUGGAACAACGGUCAUGCAGAGUUUAUACACUUUUGGAAUACCUGCGGAACCGGAUCCAGAUCUCAGUUCAGUCCUCGCUGUGCACAUUUGCGAUUCAGUCGCCGAAGGUUUUGCGACCGACCUAAUGGGACGCGGUGGGAGCGGGUCAGCGAGCACUGGCGCUUCGACUCCUGAUGUUGCAAGGAAAAGCGCAAGUCGUGUCUCAACACCAUCCUCAUCAAAUCUGGAACAACAACCUCCUGCCGCGGUUGUAUCGCAUGCAGGAUCAUCAGGGAAGACGAGUGAUGGCACGAAAUCAUCUGCCGUGGAGAAGGUGGAAGGGAAGCAAGAAAUAAGCUCUACUCCUGAUGCACAGAUGCCGACAGUCGAGCCGGAUAGCCCAUCUUUGACAGCGAAACCGCGCUCCACAUUUUUGAUUUCGCCGAGCAUGGUCGCUGUUCCCGCUUGGCUUUUCCUCGGCGACGAAUACGCAAAGGCGCUAAAGUUGCCUCCCAUUACAUCGAUACAACGUUUCUUAGGACGCCUUCGCAUGUGGAGCAUGGGUUUGUUUUGUUUCUUCUACUUCCGCUUUUUUUCCUUGUGGGAAUUCUGUGGUGUGGCGUACCUGAUCGAAGCGGUGAUGCGCAGUUUCUUCGUCGCUGCGGUCCGUCAAAUUUGGACUAGACAGCCAAAGUGCCGUUUUGCGAAGGACCAGUGUCCCUACACAGAAAAGCGCAGAAGUAGUCGGCUCGGCGUUCGUUCAACGUCAACCGCGGGUGCAUCAGCUUCUUCUGAGGGCAAGAACAUGGUUUGUCCAGCGAAGCAACUGAAAGUGGACUGA